AGAACGCACCGAAAUUAAAUUAAAUUUUAUCCUAAAGAAAAUUGUAUUUUAUCUUUUCUCAUCACUGACCCCGGUUCGGUGGAGACUAAAGAUGACGUCAUUAGCAUCUUCUGUUGCUGUUGUUGGUACAUGCAGCCCCAAAAGGCUUAGACAUUGUUCAGGACCAAGUAGAAGACUGCCCACAUCACAAUCUGUAACAAAACUCAAAAUCUCAAGCCACUGCCAUGAAGACUCUUCUCUGCGACUUCUAGUAGAUGAGAAAGCAAAGCCAAGUUUGUUUGCUAGAAGAGAAAUACUUGGUUUUGGGUUAUGCUCAGGCCUUUUGAGUGCACUUACUGAACUUCAUCCUUCUGCAAACGCUGCUGAAGUAAGUUCCUGUGAUUUCACUGUUGCUCCCUCUGGCCUUGCUUUCUGUGACAAAGUUGUGGGCUAUGGGCCCGAGGCUUCAAAAGGGCAACUCAUUAAGGCACACUAUGUUGGAAAAUUGGAGAAUGGGAAGGUCUUUGACAGCAGCUAUAACCGUGGGAAGCCCCUUACUUUUCGUAUCGGUGUUGGUGAGGUCAUCAAAGGCUGGGACCAAGGUAUUCUAGGUGGAGAUGGAGUUCCUCCCAUGCUUGCUGGAGGCAAAAGGGUCUUAAAGCUUCCUCCAGAACUUGGGUAUGGCGUGAGGGGUGCCGGUUGUAGAGGAGGUUCAUGUAUUAUUCCUCCAGACUCAGUUCUCAUGUUUGAUGUAGAGUUCAUCGGCAAGGCAUCAUGAGUAGACCUAGAGAGUCAGCAAACAAAUACUUAAAUCAACUUUUUUUUUUUGGCCUUCUUUAAAUUGUGAGAGGCCUCACUCUUUUAUGGUAUAAUUUUCUAUUGGUGAUACAAAAUUAAUUAUACUAACAUGAACUUCCCUGAUCAUCUCAUCUGAAUUGUAUAAGGGUUGAUGAAGAGUUGCGGAUAAAGUGUUUUCUUUUCUUUUAUUUAAUUUUUUAAAUUUCUUUUUUUCA